CUUCUGGGGCAGCAGAGAUGCGGAGUGCAGGCAAUGCAGUGGCUUCAGAGACUGAAUCCUUUCUGAGCAAGGGCUGUGGCGUCUGAGGUUACCCAGAGAGUACCAGACACUGGAGCCUCCACCUCAAAGAUACUGCCACAAGGGUGGCCCGUGAGGUUUCUACUUGACUUCACCCUCUGGUGGGUGGCUGGAGAAGUGCCGCUCAGCCUGGAACCAUGGGCUCUACCAGCAGCCGCCAGAAGAAAGUCUUCAAUGACUCAGUCAGCGAUUAUGUCAACUCUGAAAUCAUUAAGAAACAUUACAACUACACAGGGAAGUUAAACGAGAAGUCAGACAGUGGAAUAAAAGUGACCUCAGUGGUUUUUAUCAUCAUUUGUUGCUUUAUCAUCUUAGAGAACAUUUUUGUCCUGCUGACCAUCUGGAAAACCAAGAAGUUUCACCGACCCAUGUACUAUUUCAUUGGGAAUUUGGCUCUCUCAGACUUGCUGGCUGGGGUGGCUUAUACUGCCAACCUUUUGUUAUCUGGACACAAAACCUAUAGUCUCACCCCUGCCCAGUGGUUUGUCAGGGAAGGCAGCAUGUUUGUAGCUUUGUCAGCCUCUGUUUUCAGCCUGCUGGCCAUUGCCAUUGAGAGGUAUAUCACCAUGCUGAAGAUGAAACUCCACAAUGGGAGCAACAGCUUCCGCUCCUUCCUACUGAUCAGUGCCUGCUGGGUGAUAUCCAUGAUCCUAGGGGGGCUCCCUAUUAUGGGCUGGAACUGCCUCGACCACCUGCAGAGUUGCUCCACUGUGCUGCCCCUCUACCAUAAGCACUAUAUUCUCUUUUGCACCACAGUUUUCACUGGUCUUUUAUUAUCAAUUGUCGUCCUCUACUGCAGGAUCUAUUCCAUGGUCAGGACUAGGAGCCGCAGUCUGACAUUUCGAAAAAACAUUACCAAAGCCACGAGGAGCUCAGAGAAAUCUCUAGCCUUGCUCAAGACAGUGAUCAUUGUCCUGAGCGCAUUUAUUGCCUGCUGGAGUCCCUUGUUCAUCCUACUCUUGCUGGAUGUGGGGUGCAAAGUGAAGGCCUGUUCAAUCCUCUUCAAAGCUGAGUAUUUCUUAGUACUGGCUGUGCUCAAUUCAGCCACGAACCCUAUCAUCUAUACCUUAACCAACAAAGAGAUGCGGAGGGCCUUCAUCAAGAUCCUGUGCUGUUGCAAAUGCCCCUCUGCAGAUUCUGGGGCCAAAUUCAAGAGGCCAAUCAUAGGAGGGAUGGAGUUUAGUCGAAGCAAAUCUGACAAUUCCUCCCACCCACAGAAGGAUGAGGGUGACUGCCUGGAGACAAUCAUGUCUUCAGGCAAUGUCACCUCGUCUUCUUAGAACUAUCCAUCGGAGGCAUAUUUUAAAGCCUCCCCUUUGAAACCUGACAGACAAGAAGCUACCUGCUCACUGUAGCAACU